UGGCCAUACAACAUGGAGGCAGAGGCUGGAGUGAUGCACUUACCAGCCAAGGAGUUCCAAAGAUUGCCAGCCACCACCAGCAGCUAGAAAGAGGCCGGGAAGGAUCCUCCCCUACAGGCUUCAGAGGAAAUGCGGUUUUGUCCAUACCUGGAUUUCAGACUUCUGGCUCCCAGAACUGUGAGAGGAUAAAUUUCUGUUGUUUUAAGCCAUCUAGUCUGUGAUACUUUGUUAUGGCAGCUUUAGGAAAUUAAUACACCAUCCCACCCAGAAACCUGGGUUAUAGGUACAAGAAGCGCCAGUGGAGAGGUUCAGAGAGGAGAUGUAGUCUGUCCAGGGUGACUAGUGAGGGCAGGAGAAUGGCAGGACGGGAACCUGCCAUUUGUACAGAAUCUGUCCCAAGGUCAGACUGGGUCCCCAAGCGAAGACCCUCUCCCCUGGAGGAGGUGCAGGCUGGUGGUGAGAAAAGGAAGAAUGUGGGGACCUGACCGUCUGGACCUCACAAGAACCGAGCAGGGCAGGGGGUGUGGGCACACUGGGGGCCAAGACAUCGCUCGGGAGACAAGGAGGUGGAGUGGAAGAGGGAGAGCUGGGGUGUGGGCCUGCGGGAUGGGGCAGGGGGAGCUUAGUAGGAAGGCAGGUUCCAAGCAAGAUGUCCCCAGGGAAACCAGGAGAAAGUCACAGCUUAAAAAUACACAGCUGUUCAGGAGGCCUGCGGCGGCAGGGAGUGGCAGGGCGGGGAGUGGGCAGCGCAGGCUGGCACGUCCAGCAGCAGCAGUGUCGGUGUUCGGGAAGCUGUUCGGGGCUGGAGUGGGUAAAGCCGGCAAGGGCGGCCCGACCCCCCUGGGAGGCCAUCCAGAGGCUUUGGAACACAGAGGAGAUGCUAAGUAAGAAGCAAGAAUUCCCGGAGAAGAAGAUAGAGCAGGAGCUGACGACGGCCGCCAAGAAGCACGACACCAAAAUCAAGCGCGCUGCCCUCCAGGCACUGAAGCGCAAGAAGAGGUAUGGAAAGCAGUUGGUACAGAUCAACGGCACACUGUCAACCAUCGAGUUCCAGCGAGAGGCCCUGGAGAAUGCCAACACCAACACCGAGGGGCUCAAGAACGUGGGCUAUGCCACCAAGGCCAUGAAGGCUGCCCACGACAACAUGGACGUCGAUAAAGCUGAUGAGUUAAUGCAGGACAUUGCUGACCAGCAGGAACUUGCAGAAGAAACUUCAACAGCUAUUUCAAAAUCUGUAGGGUUUGGAGAAGAGUUUGACGAGGAUGAGCUCAUGGCAGAAUUAGAAGAACUAGAACAGGAGGAACUAGACAAUAUGCUGGAAAUCAGUGGACCGGAAACAGUCCCUCUACCAAAUGUUCCCUCUGUAUCUCUACUAUCAAAACCCACCAAGAAGAAGGAAGAGGAAGACGACGACAUGAAGGAAUUGGAGACCUGGGCUGGAUCCACUUAACCGGUCCAGCGCGGGCUGGGCCCAGUCUGAUGGCCUGCGCGGCGGGCAGGCGCGUGCGUGUGCAGGGAAGGCAGAUUCCAUCACUCUCGAAUCUUCCUCCAAAGCAGUAGGGCAGCAUCACUGCUCACUCUGCAUAGCGUGGUCUGCACCCAGCGGGACAGGCAAGGGGCGGGGGAGGUGCCUGCUGUUUAUAAUGUUGAAUUUCUGUAGAAUAAACUGUAUUUGCAAAUCCAACAUUGAGCUUCUGGACUAUGCU